AUGGGUCGUCCACGAAGAUCAUUACAUUUGGUCGGAUCACGCCGCAAACAAAUUCGUGUUUUAAAUCGAGCAGCAGCACAGGGCCAUAGUCACGAUAAAAGAGGCGAAUUUCACGUCGCAAUCCUUUAUUAUACGCCAUGUGAUUAUAUAAAUUAUAAGCCUACUGGUUAUAAGCUGUACUUUCGGGACUUCUCGUCAUGCAGUAACAAUGGAACACCCACAGGAAUUGAACUGAUAGAGUUUCGGGACAACUGCUCAAGAGACACCUGCCUUCACGGGGGCUUUUAUCGUCACGCAAACUCAAAUCUUUGCAUCGUAACUGAUACAGAAAUUUCGCCUGACCCAGCCUUUCUCAGGCUUUUUCAAUUCCGAUUGACAGUUGAUGCCAAAGAACUUGGAUACGAAGACUACACUUUUGUUCGCCGUUUGGCAUCAUUACUCCAACCACAAAACCUUGAGUUUUGUGCUUCAUAUUAUUACGGCGAUAUAACCGAGUUUGAGUUUGUUAGCGGUAGUUUUGUUGGUCUGAAACCCGAUACAGUCGGGACUAUCAUUGAUGACUACUGGACGGUGAUCAGAGAUGCAGAGCAUGGGAAUGAAAAAAGUUUUGAGAACCAGAAGUCAUUAAUCAAAUAUUCGUUUGAGAAUGUUGAAGGUUCUUUUGAAGUGGAACUUCCUGAGCUUAGUGAGGAUACAGCAGUUGAAAUUAUAAAGUAUGCUGUUCAGGUCUUCUCAACAUCUAGAAACCUUCCGCGAAAAGCCCGGAUAUCGUCGUUUUUAGCCAGUCCUGUUAAAGAUGCCCUGCCCGUUAUUGCCCGCAGGUUGAGCUCGCCGCUUAUUAAGAUCAACGUCCAUAGGGAGCGCUUUUCAUUGAGAUUUCAACGCAGAGCGAAUCGCUUCCUCAGGGCUUAA